UUCUGUUCACACGUGACAUCACUUCCUGUGCAGAGCUUCCAGAGGUGUUCCUCCUCCAGAAGACGCCAUCCUCUCCAGUCACCUGCAUGGCGACAGGUUUCUACCCCGACUUAGCCGACCUGUUUUGGAGGAAAGACGGCGAGCAGAUCUUCGAGGAUGUGGAGCACGGAGAGCUGCUCCCCAACCACGACGGAACCUUCCAGAUGUCGGUGGAGCUGAAAGUGGAGGUGACGGCCGAGGUGGAGGGCAAGUACGAAUGUGUGUUCCAGCUGUCUGGCGUCAAGGAGGACCUGGUCACCAAGCUGGAGAGAAGAAGCAUCCUGAGCAACGCAAGCCAUGAAGACAACUGGAGCGUCGCCCUCGCUGCCACGGCGGCGGUCGUCGCUGUGGCGGCCAUCCUGGCGGCCAUCAUCAUCGUCAUGGUCAGGCGUCACAGAAACAGACAAGGUGAGGGACACCAAUGUCCUCCGUCUUCUUCUUCUUCUUCUCGGUCCAGGCCGUGAGUUGAUGCUUUCAUCCGGGCUGCAUGUUUUAGUUGCCUUCCAGCCAAACACUCAAAGAUCCACAGAGACAGAGCGCACACUCUCACAUAGAAAGACGUGAGGAAAAAGUCCAUUUCACCUUGUUUCACUUUCAUUUCAGCCCAGUACGAUCCAGCUCGUAAGUAAAACAUCUUUUCUUUGAGCCGCAAGAAACAAAGCCGUGGUGAAGCGUCACUCACAUGGAGGUCUGAUGUGGACCUUUGUUACAAGUUUAGCCUGAAAAUCCCAACUUGAGCUGACUCCUUCACAAUAAAAGACCCUCCUGUGAGCACACGCAAUACAAAGUGUGGCAUAUCUCACGUUUGACAUGAGUCCUCAUGAUGAGGAUCAGCCAAAUGAGACCUCAAGUGUGCUGACUCAUCAAGAAGGUAUCCUAGUCAGGAAGUAGAAGAGCAGCACUCUGCUUCUUCAUGUUUCCAAGUCACACCUCAAAGAUCUGAUGUGAGUGACGAGGCACCUUCUGGAUGUUCUUCCUUCACCGUUUGCGUUUGUCCCGCAGCUCGCCACGGCGGCGUGGAGCUCUCCGAGAGGGUGGCGGCUGAAGGCUGAGUAAGUCUGCACCUCCAAAUGUUCUUGUGUGAAGAUGAUGUUCAACUUGCUUCUGUUGGGAAUGUGCUGAGUCAUCUUCUUCCUCCAGGAUGCUUUGUGCACUGGAACACAGAGAGAUGUCUCCAUCGCUGAGGGACGUCAUGGAGAUGUGCUUUGUUCUUCAUCCCACUGCUCCUCACGCUAUUCCAUCUAUUCUUCUUUGGCCGUUAAAAUACUUUCAACAUCAAA